UUCAAUGUUGUAAAAUCCUUUCCUCCAAUAAAAUAAAAUUUCAACAUUAGAACAGUGCAUUAAUAAAAUAGAAUAUGUCUGCAACAUCAAACGAUUUCUUUUACGGAUGGGAUUUGCUAUACAAGACCAUAGAAAAGGUGGUAAACAAAAAGGAUGACUUGCUUAUUGCUCUGGCCCAUUUUGUUCUAACCAAACAUUCCCAUUUCAAAUGCAUCGGUAUUGGAGAUGAUAAAACUUUGCCAGAGGACGAUGAAGACAGUGGCUCAGAGUUGUUACCCGAUAACUGGAAUGAUGAUGAGAAUAAUUAUGCUCUACGCUAUACAAACGAUAAACAAUUGUAUAUUCUUUUGGGUCUAAGAACAGAGGGUUCUUUAAUUAUUACUCUGUUGGAUGUAAAGACACGUAAAGUUUCAAAUAUUGGCUUAGAUCCAGAAGACCUCGUUAAAGCGACUAAAGGAAGCAUAACGAAGAUGAUACCAACAGCCACACAACUUGUGGACAGGUAUCGCAAAGAAUUACUGGAGCCUGUAUUUGCUGGCACCAGUAAAACUGUUACUACUCAAACGACCGGGACAUCUGCGUCUUCUUCGUCUACAGGUCCUGAUAGCUUACGUAUUGGUGAACCGAGGCUUCCACCUUUUGGAUACAUACCUGCGUCAAAUCCUCCACCAUUUGGUUUUCCCGUUGGUCGCGGCGAUUUAGAUCCAUUGGGUCGUGGUGGUCCUGGUAAUUUAUUCCCUUUUCCCUCACACCCCGAUUUCCGUCUAGGUCCUGAUAAUAGCGGUAUUGGCCCAGGUGCUCGACCACGUUUUGAUCCCUUUGGACCACCCGAACGUGGCAUUCGACCAAAUCCCAAUCCAGAUCACAUGCAACCACCUGGUUUUGGUGGAGACGACUACUAUAUGUAAACUACAAACAAAUGGUGAAAAGUUUUUGAUAAUAAAUAGUUAAACAAAUAUAAUUUGUUGAAUAUACAUAACCAAACGAAUUUUUUAAUAAACCUUAUAAUUUUCCAUAUAA